GGACUUUGGUAUUAAUGCAGCUGCAUUUUAGACUAUCAAACACUAGAGGGCGCACUACAUCUGCUGAAACCACAUGUGAAUGUGUACAUUAUCAAGUUAGUGUAAGAUAUUUUUAGAUAUAACCAGCUGGGGCAAGAGUGCACGGGAUAGUAGGUAGGAAGGAACUAGAGCUACCUGGAUGAUGUAAUGGGUUAAGACGGGGGAAAAAUCAACAAAGGCAGGAUCAUCGUUAUCUACUCCUUCUCUUUCACUCUGCGCGUGCACGGUAACCAAAUGGAUUGGUAAUGAGCAAACAUACUCUCAAUAAACGGGUACGUAAACGAAAAAAACUGCGGACUGCUUAAAAAGGAAGACAAACAAAGACAAGCAAGAACAUGGCAACACCUGUGGACCUACACGGACUGUUUGAGAAUAACAUCACCUUCGACUAUGAUGAUUAUGAGUACAAGGAGGUGGUCUGUCCGUCCAGCACAGUCUCUGGCGCUUUGGCGGUCUUCAUGCCCCUGUUUUACUCUGUGGGGUUCUUGUGGGGGCUGCUGGGAAACGGACUGGUGCUGGCAAUACUGUUGCUUAAGAGGCUGAACCUGAGUGUGAUGGACAUCUUCAUCCUUCUUCUGAGCAUAGCAGACAGUCUGCUGCUCUUCACACUGCCUCUCUGGGCUGUAGAUGCGGUUAAGGGAUGGAUCAUGGGAGCAGAGCUCUGCAAACUGUCUGGAGUUCUGUUCGAGAUCAAUUUCUACUGUGGUAUCUUCACGUUGGCCUGCCUCAGUGUUGACUGCUAUCUGUCCAUCGUCCAUGGAGUACAGCUGUUUUCUUGUAAAAAGCCUGUGGUGGUUCACUGUUGCUGCCUGAUUAUCUGUGUCCUCUGCCUGCUGCUUUCCAUCCCUAAUUGGAUCUUUCUGAGCCCCAUCAGUGGCACAAAUGAGGGUAAACGGGAAUGUAUUCACUCUUAUACGCCCGAUUCCUGGCAUCUUGCCUCUCGUUUUCCGCAUCUUUUUGUUCUACCGGUACUUGCGCUGCUGUGCUGCGGUUCCUUUGUCCUGCUAAAGUUACGGCACAACUCAAAGUGCCAGCAGAAGAAGAAGGGCCAAAGGACAGCUAUCAUUGCAGUCCUUGUGCUGGUUUUCUUUAUCUGCUGGACACCCUACAACAUUACCUUCAUCGUGAACACUGUUCAGACAUCAGAGAGCAUCUCUUCAGCAGUGGCAGAAGAGUGUGAAGGGAGGCAGUGGGCAGCUAGCAAAAUAACGGCAGUUUUUGGGCUUCUCCAUUGUGUUGUUAAUCCUGUCAUUUACCUCUGUCUCUCCAAAGAGUUCCGGCAUCGUGUACUGACUAUGACAAAGUUCAGUGCUUGUAAAACAGAGAGUAAUGAUGUUUCACUUUGGGACUCUAGUGUAGUAAUUAGAAACGCAUCUGUCCAAGAGGAACAAGGUUCACUUCAGCCUAUGAAUGACAUUAAUUCAACAAUAAAACCCCAGGAUCAUGAUACAUGAAAAAUAUGGAUCAUAAAACAUUGACUGCUGGACACGCUGUAUCUCGUAAUUCCUAAAAUGUAUGUUAUGCGUUCUUCAUUUAACAUGUGAGCAUUUAAUAGAUAUCACUAAGUAUGGAAUAACCCAGUCAGCCCAGUCCUCCAAAGGUUUCUGUACAUGUAUUCUGGAAUAUUCUCUCAUUAUGGAUGAUAAAGGAUGAAAUUAAAAAGACGGGCAUGAAGGAAGAACAUGAAAUGCUGGCCAACUCAUUUGCACUUUAAUUCUGUUUAAUUUCAUCAGUAAAAUGAUCAUACUCGGAAUUAUUUAAUUUUAUUUGGUCAAAUUAUAUGUUUAUUUAUUUUCGCUGUGCUGUGAAUGUUUGGGAAUAAUAUUCUGGAACAAUGUUUUUAGUAAUGGAUUGAUAUUAUCAGCCAGUAUUUGGCCAUUGGUCGGUUCUGUGCCCACUUGCUUGGUUAACAGAUGUCUUCAUUCCCACUCAAUUACAAAAUCAUUUUCAAUGGAUAAUUACCUUUUUUCUUUUUUUUUUGGUCAAAUUUAAAUAACUAUUGUGUGAAAUAUUCAUUUCAGUAUU